AUGUUUCAAGUUUCCGGCGUGACUCCUAUCCCUCCUCGUCUUUCUUUCACGUCCUGUGUUCAUCUUCAGGUCCAGUCUAUAGUUCGUAACAGCCAACACAAGGAGGGCUUGGAGCUCAACACCCUGCUCUCCUCACCACAUGUCCAGGUGAGGCUUCCAUCCAUUCCUACUGUAAUGUCUAAUUAUGUGUCUCUGUGUAACCGCUGUGUUUCUGUCUUACCUGUCUCUCUGUGUAACCUGUCUCUCUGUGUAACCUGUGUCUCUGUCUAAACUCUUUCUCCGUCCCAGUAUAAGCCGUCUCUGUCCCAGUAUAACCUGUAUCCCCCUGGCUCUCAGGGCUGGAGUUGGUUCAGGUCAGGAGUGUGUUGGUUCAGCUGUGAUCAGCUGUUGGCUCCAUCUCUUGGCAGAGGCCUGGCCAAAGCCCUAAUCUCCCUCCCACAUCCUUCCUUCCUCUGAGUUUAUACUGUAUAGCCAAGCUGCCUUUCCCUGAGCCCUGUACACUUCUUCUACAAUGUGACCAAGCUGCCUUUCCCUGAGCCCUGUACACUUCUACCUUUCCCUUACACUCUGACUUGUCUGUCUGUCCCCCUCAUCUACAAUGAUGCUGCUGCUCCUCUGCAGGGUAGAGUACCGGGUGGUGGGCGGCUAGAGCAGUGACUAAGGUUCAGGGUAGAGUACCGGGUGGUGGGCGGCUAGAGCAGUGACUAAGCUGCAGGGUAGAGUACCGGGUGGUGGGCGGCUAGAGCAGUGGACUAAGGUUCAGGGUAGAGUACCGGGUGGUGGGCGGCUAGAGCAGUGACUAAGCUGCAGGGUAGAGUACCGGGUGGUGGGCGGCUAGAGCAGUGACUAAGGUUCAGGGUAGAGUACCGGGUGGUGGGCGGCUAGAGCAGUGACUAAGCUGCAGGGUAGAGUACCGGGUGGUGGGGCGGCUAGAGCAGUGACUAAGGUUCAGGGUAGAGUACCGGGUGGUGGGCGGCUAGAGCAGUGACUAAGGUUCAGGGUAGAGUACCGGGUGGUGGGCGGCUAGAGCAGUGACUAAGGUUCAGGGUAGAGUACCGGGUGGUGGGCGGCUAGAGCAGUGACUAAGCUGCAGGGUAGAGUACCGGGUGGUGGGCGGCUAGAGCAGUGACUAAGGUUCAGGGUAGAGUACCGGGUGGUGGGCGGCUAGAGCAGUGACUAAGGUUCAGGGUAGAGUACCGGGUGGUGGGCGGCUAGAGCAGUGACUAAGGUUCAGGGUAGAGUACCGGGUGGUGGGCGGCUAGAGCAGUGACUAAGGUUCAGGGUAGAGUACCGGGUGGUGGGCGGCUAGAGCAGUGACUAAGGUUCAGGGUAGAGUACCGGGUGGUGGGCGGCUAGAGCAGUGACUAAGGUUCAGGGUAGAGUACCGGGUGGUGGGCGGCUAAAGCAGUGACUAAGGUUCAGGGCAGGAAAUAGAAGAAUAGCAGGGGGCUCUGGAAGUAAUGACUACAGUACUGUUAGACACAGGUCUCUGUGGGUGUGGAUGUAAUGGAAGUAAUGACUACAGUACUGUUAGACACAGGUCUCUGUGGGUGUGGAUGUAAUGGAAGUAAUGACUACAGUACUGUUAGACACAGGUCUCUGUGGGUGUGGAUUGUAAUGGAAGUAAUGACUACAGUACUGUUAGACACAGGUCUCUGUGGGUGUGGAUGUAAUGGAAGUAAUGACUACAGUACUGUUAGACACAGGUCUCUGUGGGUGUGGAUGUAAUGGAAGUAAUGACUACAGUACUGUUAGACACAGGUCUCUGUGGGUGUGGAUGUAAUGGAAGUAAUGACUACAGUACUGUUAGACACAGGUCUCUGUGGGUGUGGAUGUAAUGGAAGUAAUGACUACAGUACUGUUAGACACAGGUCUCUGUGGGUGUGGAUGUAAUGGAAGUAAUGACUACAGUACUGUUAGACACAGGUCUCUGUGGGUGUGGAUGUAAUGGAAGUAAUGACUACAGUACUGUUAGACACAGGUCUCUGUGGGUGUGGAUGUAAUGGAAGUAAUGACUACAGUACUGUUAGACACAGGUCUCUGUGGGUGUGGAUGUAAUGGAAGUAAUGACUACAGUACUGUUAGACACAGGUCUCUGUGGGUGUGGAUGUAAUGGAAGUAAUGACUACAGUACUGUUAGACACAGGUCUCUGUGGGUGUGGAUGCGUGUGUCCAUGCGCCUACAUCCGCCUGUGUGUUUGCUUUACAAGUCGCUAAAAGUUAACCCACUAAGUCUGUGUCUAUUUUCACCUGGCCUGUCAGACGUGUGUAAGUAAGUAAGUAAGCCUGGUCUGAGCCAGAACCGCCCACAGGGGGCAGGAGCCUAGCUCCUGUUUCUGUAGAGUGAGGCAGCUAGUACACCAGCUAGACACGAUGCCAGUCUGUCGCAGGGCCGUACCCCGACCCAAUCCAUCUCCUUAAAGCUGACUGCCAAGCAGAGAGGUAUGGCUCGACCGGGGAUCGAACCCCUAACGUUCCAAUCUCAGGGCAGACACUAACCAUAAGGCCACUGAGUUGGUGUGUUUGCAUACUCUAAAAGUCUCUAGUAGUUAACCCAGUGUGUGACUGGUGCUCUCUGUGCCUCCCAUCCUCAGGCAGGGCUGCUGGCCAAUGACUGUGUGGCGGAGGGAGGAUAAGGAGGGAGUGAUGUUGUGUUAUUCCUAUAAAAGUGUCUAGUUAACCCAGUAAUUCUGACCAGUACACCCCCUGUGUCCCCUGUCCCUUCCCAGUAGGUACUGCUGGCCCUGACUGUAUGGAAGUCUAGCCUGUGUCUUGGUGUGCCAGUCUAACCUGUGUCUUGGUGUGCCAGUCUAGCCUGUGUCUUGGUGUGCCAGUCUAGCCUGUGUCUUGGUGUGCCAGUCUAACCUGUGUCUUGGUGUGCCAGUCUAACCUGUGUCUUGGUGUGCCAGUCUAACCUGUGUCUUGGUGUGCCAGUCUAACCUGUGUCUUGGUGUGCCAGUCUAACCUGUGUCUUGGUGUGCCAGUCUAACCUGUGUCUUGGUGUGCCAGUCUAACCUGUGUCUUGGUGUGCCAGUCUAACCUGUGUCUUGGUGUGCCAGUCUAGCCUGUGUCUUGGUGUGCCAAUCUAGCCUGUGUCUUGGUGUGCCAGUCUAGCCUGUGUCUUGGUGUGCCAGUCUAACCUGUAUCUUGGUGUGCCAGUCUAACCUGUGUCUUGGUGUGCCAGUCUAACCUGUGUCUUGGUGUGCCAGUCUAACCUGUUUCUUGGUGUGCCAGUCUAACCUGUGUCUUGGUGUGCCAGUCUAACCUGUGUCUUGGUGUGCCAGUCUAACCUGUGUCUUGGUGUGCCAGUCUAACCUGUGUCUUGGUGUGCCAGUCUAACCUGUGUCUUGGUGUGCCUGUCUAACCUGUGUCUUGGUGUGCCAGUCUAGCCUGUGUCUCUGCAUCCAACCGUCUAGCAGCUAGAGUCUGUUUGGUUAGCCCAGUAAGGCUGACCCUAACCCUAUGUCCCCUGUCCCCUGUCCCUCCCCAGGCAGUGCUUCUGGCCCAUGACUAUGUUGCGGAGCAGGAGAUGCAGCUGGAGCCCCUGACCCCGGACGGCCCCUGUGAGGCUCUCACCCAGUGGGGAGGGGAUGCCGUCAAGAUAGUCCGCAUGGAGAAGGCCAGGGACAUCCCACUGGUGAGAGAGACUCCUUUAAAACACACCAACAGUCAUGAAUCAUCAUAGGAGUAGACAUAGGCUGUCUGAAAAGUCCCAGCUGUUAAAUCCUCGGUUCCUCCUGUCUUUGUUUUCUCAAUUCCUCUCUCAAACCUUAUUGGAGGAGAUGCUCCAGGUUCCCUCCCUUCGGGAUCCCCUCCAAUGAGAUUUGAGAGUGUGGCGACGAAUCAAGGACGGGAGGAAUCAAAGAUUUGACAGCUUGUAUUUAGCACUUUUUGACAACUGCUGAUGUAAAAAGGGCUUUAUAAAAUCAAUUUGAAUGAAUGUACACUUUGACAGAGCCGACAACUCAUGUAAGAAAAGUUUAAACCCUUCUGUGUCUAUCACUAACCUCUGUUCCUCACUGUGGGUAUGUGUGGCAGGGUGCGACGGUGCGUAACGACAUGGACAGCGUGAUAAUAAGCCGCAUCGUGAAGGGCGGGGCAGCGGAGCGCAGCGGGCUGCUGCAUGAAGGGGACGAGGUUCUGGAGAUCAACGGAGUGGAGAUCAGAGGGAAGGACGUCAACGAGGUCUUCGACAUCCUGGCCGACAUGCACGGCACCCUGACCUUCAUCCUUAUCCCCAGCCCACAGACCAAACCCCCGCCCAUCAAAGAGACUGUGGUGAGUACUGACCAAACCCCCGCCCAUCAAAGAGACUGUGGUGAGUACAGACCAAACCCCCGCCCAUCAAAGAGACUGUGGUGAGUACUGACCAAACCCCCACCCAUCAAAGAGACUGUGGUGAGAACAGACCAAACCCCCCCCCAUCAAAGAGACUGGUGAGUACAGACCCAACCCCCGCCCAUCAAAGAGACUGUGGUGAGUACAGACCAAACCCCCGCCCAUCAAAGAGACUGUGGUGAGUACUGACCAAACCCCCGCCCAUCAAAGAGACUGUGGUGAGUACAGACCAAACCCCCGCCCAUCAAAGAGACUGUGGUGAGUACUGACCAAACCCCCACCCAUCAAAGAGACUGUGGUGAGUACAGACCAAACCCCCGCCCAUCAGAGACUGGUGAGUACAGACCCAACCCCCGCCCAUCAAAGAGACUGUGGUGAGUACAGACCAAACCCCCGCCCAUCAAGGAUACUGUGGUGAGUACAGACCAAAACUCCACCCAUCAGAGACUGGUGAGUACAGACCAAACCCCCGCCCAUCAAAGAGACUGUGGUGAGUACAGACCCAACCCCCACCCAUCAAAGAGACUGUGGUGAGUACUGACCAAACCCCCGCCCAUCAAAGAGACUGUGGUGAGUACAGACCCAACCCCCACCCAUCAAAGAGACUGUGGUGAGUACUGACCAAACCCCCACCCAUCAAAGAGACUGUGGUGAGUACAGACCAAACCCCCGCCCAUCAAAGAGACUGUGGUGAGUACUGACCAAACCCCCACCCAUCAAAGAGACUGUGGUGAGUACAGACCAAACCCCCGCCCAUCAAAGAGACUGUGGUGAGUACAGACCAAACCCCUGCCCAUCAGAGAGACUGUGGUGAGUACAGUCACACCUCCAUAUCCGACCACCUCUCCUCUCAUCUUCUAUCCCUACCCUGGCUGUGAUGUCCGUCUGUCUGUAGCAAUCGCACUGUUCCAAGUUCCAAUGGCUCUCAGUGAGUUGUACAGCAUGGUUCUGCCCCAUGGUCCAUGUUGCUUUGAUUCCCACAUACUGAAUAUGUCAUUAUGAACUGUACGUUGUUUUGGAUUAGAGCAUCUGCUACAUGACCAUAUUUAUAAAUGGGAAUCUUAAUGUAAUUCUAGAAUAUACAGUAUAGAUUAACUAGAAAACUAAGGUCAUGUAAAAUAGUUAACUCUGUGCCACUUGCAUCGUGCUAUACCUUAGUGGCGUGCAAAGCUAUUAGCUAGUAACAGAGAAAAUAAGAAAGAUCCGGGAAAGGGGUGUCGUCUGAAAGCUGGAAACUGUGAAAGGAACAGCUGAAGUAAGAAACUUUUAGUGAACAUAAAUAUCGUUAUCACUGUCAAAGUUGCGUCAAUUCAAAUCUGGCAUUAGGAACAAAAGAGGUCAACACGACUUCUAAGAUAUACUAGUUAUUUUAAUUAAUGCAAAAACCUUCAAUGGUAAAUAUGAUGUUUCGUAUAUACGGGCUCUUUGAAAUACCCCGCAGGGCACUUCAGAGAACUAAUCCAUUGUUUCAGAUUCAAUACUCAAAUACUCUGACAGAGAGAGUUUCCCACCUCUCUGCUGGCCAAUCAGAGUAGACUUGAGCGUGGUUUAGACUUACUCAGCCUAUCCGUUGGCGCACAGGCUAGUCCCCCGCCUCUUAGCGCAUCCCUGUUUCCAGGAAUACGUUCAUCAUAACAACCUGUCAUAGUGAGAAGAGCCAGCUCCCUUAGACACCAUUCCUACGUCCAAGGAAGGUUCACAGAUCACAAAGAACCAGUAUAUUCUAGUAUUUGGAGACACAAAUCCUUAUCUCAUUUUACCCCCUAAAACAGCUCUUCACAUCAAUCACAGCUUGCCAGGUGUCACAACCUACAUUAGCCCAGUCAAGAAUGCAUUCUUUCUAAGUUAGUCAUCCCAUCAAUUUAGGAGAAUAAUACAUCUCUAAUAUCACUAUUCCCCUGUUAUAGCAUUAGCUGGUUAACUUCCGCGUGUGUAGCUAGCUAACGAUAGCUAGCUAACGUAGUUAAGUCACAAACCCAGCCAACUAACGUUAGCUAGCUAAUAACUUGAGGAACGUUUAUGUGGUUGGUAGCUAACUAAGAGGCAUAUCCUUGGUUACCUAGCUACGUUGCUAGCUAACGUUAGCAUGAAGACCGUAGCAAACGUUUCGCAACGGAUACCGUUUACUCCAAACUGAAAAUGUUUUGGAAAGAGAACUAGAUUUUCUAUUGGACAAAUUCAGGUAGGCCCCUCCCAGUUUAAUUAUGUUUGCUUCCGUUUGGUUCCUAGUGAAUACCUUGGUCGAUAAUAUACAAGAGAACGUCGUCACAUCUGGGACCAGCGCCCACAGAGAUCCUAUUCCUAAUUAUGUACCAGCGUCCUUGCUAACGACCAGUGCCGUUGCUAAUUAGCAUAGUUAGACCCUCUGGCAUAGGAAUAGAAAUCUAUAGAAACAAUGCAAACUAACAGAAUGUCUAGAUUUAGAACAAUAUUCAAAAUUCGAAAAAGUUGGCCUAAGUCUCUAAAUAUGUCUCUGGCUGGUCCCAUUGUUGCAAAGAGUUCUGGGAUAUUAGAAUAUCGUUAUCUUAACCUUUGUCAUCUUCAACCUAGGUGAAAUGCUGGUCUUUACCUGGUUGUUUACUGCUGGCUAGCAAAGAACCCAUAUGACAGAAAAGUGCAGACAGUUAGGCUUGGUACAGGCUAGUACUAGGUACCAUAAUAUUGGUUUAUGGCUUAGGCUAAUGCUACCUCCUGCUGGGAUAGCAUUUGGUUCUUGAGCUAGCUUUCUGACUGUUUCAAUAUUUACCAGCUAGUUACCUAAACCAAAACAAAGUAGCUAGCUAGCUAUGACCUUUCUAACCCAUUAUCUGCUAUACCUAGUGUGAAAAUGUAUGCACUCACUAACUGUAAGUCGCUCUGGAUAAGAGUAUCUGCUAAAUGACUUAAAUGUAAAUGUCUUGUUUCUCUAUUCCACCAGGUCCAUGUGAAGGCUCACUUUGACUACGACCCAUCUGAUGACCCGUACGUGCCGUGUAGGGAGCUGGGCCUGUGCUUCCAGAAGGGUGACAUCCUCCACAUCAUCAGCCAGGAUGACCCCAACUGGUGGCAGGCCUACAGGGAUGGAGAUGAGGACAACCAGCCCCUGGCCGGGCUAGUACCAGGUACACUACCCUGACGCCCCUAACCCUGACCCUAACCAGCCCCUGGCCGGGCUAGUACCAGAUACACUACCCUGACCCCUAACCCUGACCCUAACCAGCCCCUGGCCGGGCUAGUACCAGAUACACUACCCUGACGCCCCUAACCCUGACCCUAACCAGCCCCUGGCCGGGCUAGUACCAGAUACACUACCCUGACCCCUAACCCUGACCCUAACCAGCCCCUGGCCGGGCUAGUACCAGAUACACUACCCUGACCCCAACCAGCCCCUGGCCGGGCUAGUACCAGAUACACUACCCUGACCCCUAACCCUGACCCUAACCAGCCCCUGGCCGGGCUAGUACCAGAUACACUACCCUGACCCCAACCAGCCCCUGGCCGGGCUAGUACCAGAUACACUACCCUGACCCCUAACCCUGACCCUAACCAGCCCCUGGCCGGGCUAGUACCAGAUACACUACCCUGACCCCAACCAGCCCCUGGCCGGGCUAGUACCAGAUACACUACCCUGACCCCUAACCCUGACCCUAACCAGCCCCUGGCCGGGCUAGUACCAGAUACACUACCCUGACCCCUAACCCUGACCCCAACCAGCCCCUGGCCGGGCUAGUACCAGAUACACUACACAGAUUGGAGGGCUGUUAAGGAGAAACCUCAAAGUUCUCUUAUACUUCCAUUCAUUGUUGUGUUGUGUGUGUGUAAUUAUGUAUGCUGCUUUCUUGGCCAGGUCUGACUUGAAAAAGAGAUGUCAAUCUUAAUGUGACUUCUCUGGUUAAUUAAAGGAUAAAUAAAAUAAAAUACCUCACAACAAACGGUGGGCCAGUUCCAGGUCAUCAAUGCAGUUGAUCAGACCUCACAAUGCCUGGAGAAGACGGUGUUUAACAACAUCUCUUCUCUUUGUAAAUGCAGGCAAGAGCUUCCAGCAGCAGAGAGAGGCCAUGAAGCAGACCAUAGAAGAGGAUAAAGAGCCUGAGAAGUCUGGAAAGCUGUGGUGUGCGAAGAAGAACAAGAAGAAGAGGAAGAAGCUCCUUUACAACGCCAAGCAGAAUGACGGUAAAGCUAGCCCAGAAGAAGCACCUUUAUUCACCAAGUACAUUUACACACACCUGGAAUUUUACGUAAUGAAGUGUUGAUACUAGCAAUAGACAGAAUAUACAGACAGAAUAUAGACAAAGUAAUUUACUUAUAAUCGACAUACAGUAAAUACAAUAUAAAUACAAUAAACAUAGAACAAUUACACAUGAUAGAGUAUAUGCAAACGUACAGUUGAAAAUGUGCGUAGAAUAUACUGAGAAUUAGGGUUGAAUGGCGGAAAUCCGGUUACCGAGAUUUACCGCCCAAAACCACUCCCUUUUUCCGGGAUAAAUAACGGCGAGAAACCGGUAAAUUGUAAUAAAUUAUGUAUAUGAACAGCAUGGAGUGAAAUGAAACUGUUAAAUGAUAUGCAAUGUCUAAAUCUGGCUUCUCUACGGCCUCUGCAUGAUGAAUCAACGCUAAGAGUGGGGACAGACAGCCCAUCUCAGUAUGGAGCACAGUUCACAAUGCAUGCAGACCUACUGUAUCAUCUCAUGGUAACUUUUUUCCUUGUGACAGGUAGGCCUACAUUUGCUGCAGCAUAGCCUAUGCUAGAGUAAUAUAAGGACCGAAUGCGUGUCUAAUUUACACAUCUCCAUCUGAUCUCCAUCUGGCUUUCGGGGGUCACCUUGUAUUUUAAUUGUAAAGAUUUUUUUUUUUUAUUGCAGUUUUUAAAUAUCAUUGCUUCAAAUCAGUGCACACACUCUCGCAGUCUUUCUCCAUCAAUUCCAUUCAAAUUGCAUCCAAAAUAGAUAAUCCUGUUCUAGAUUGAUAUAUAGCCCUAUAUAUAGAUGUCCUAGCCUACCUCUUUCAGGUAAUAGAUUUAAUGCAGUAUUAGCCUUAUAUUUAGCUAAUUAAUGAUGGGUUAUGCAUAAUAAACUAAGAACUUAUAGCCUCUGUGUAUGUGUGUGUAUAUGUAUGUGUGUGUGUGUGUAUAUAUGUGUGUGUCUGUGUAUGUACAGUGAGGGAAAAAAGUAUUUGAUCCCCUGCUGAUUUUGUACGUUUGCCCACUGACAAAGACAUAAUUUUGUCUAUAAUUUUAAUGGUAGGUUUAUUUGAACAGUGAGAGACAGAAUAACAACAAAUAAAUCCAGAAAAACACAUGUCAAAAAUGUUAUAAAUUGAUUUGCAUUUUAAUGAGGGAAAUAAGUAUUUGACCCCUCUGCAAAACAUGACUUAGUACUUGGUGGCAAUCACAGAGGUCAGACGUUUCUUGUAGUUGGCCACCAGGUUUGCACACAUCUCAGGAGGGAUUUUGUCCCACUCCUCUUUGCAGAUCUUCUCCAAGUCAUUAAGGUUUCAAGGCUGACUUUUGGCAACUCGAACCUUCAGCUCCCUCCACAGAUUUUCUAUGGGAUUAAGGUCUGGAGACUGGCUAGGCCACUCCAGGACCUUAAUGUGCUUCUUCUUGAGCCACUCCUUUGUUGCCUUGGCCUUGUGUUUUGGGUCAUUGUCAUGCUGGAAUACCCAUCCACGACCCAUUUUCAAUGCCCUGGCUGAGGGAAGGAGGUUCUCACCCAAGAUUUGACGGUACAUGGCCCCGUCCAUCGUCCCUUUGAUGCAGUGAUGUUGUCCUGUCCCCUUAGCAGAAAAACACCCCCAAAGCAUAAUGUUUCCACCUCCAUGUUUGACGGUGGGGAUGAUGUUUUUGGGGUCAUAGGCAGCAUUCCUCCUCCUCCAAACACGGCGAGUUGAGUUGAUGCCAAAUAGCUCCAUUUUGGUCUCAUCUGACCACAACACUUUCACCCAGUUCUCCUCUGAAUCAUUCAGAUGUUCAUUGGCAAACUUCAGACGGGCCUGUAUAUGUGCUUUCUUGAGCAGGGGGACCUUGCGGGCGCUGCAGGAUUUCAGUCCUUCAUGGCGUAGUGUGUUACCAAUUGUUUUCUUGGUGACUAUGGUCCCAGCUGCCUUGAGAUCAUUGACAAGAUCCUCCCGCUUAGUUCUGGGCUGAUUCCUCACCGUUCUCAUGAUCAUUGCAACUCCACGAGGUGAGAUCUUGCAUGGAGCCCCAGGCCGAGGGAGAUUGACAGUUAUUUUGUGUUUCUUCCAUUUGCGAAUAAUCGCACCAACUGUUGUCACCUUCUCACCAAGCUGCUUGGCGAUGGUCUUGUAGCCCAUUCCAAUCUUGUCCCUGACAUCCUUGGAGAGCUCUUUGGUCUUGGCCAUGGUGGAGAGUUUGGAAUCUGAUUGAUUGAUUGCUUCUGUGGACAGGUGUCUUUUAUACAGGUAACAAACUGAGAUUAGGAGCACUCCCUUUAAGAUUGUGCUCCUAAUCUCAGCUCAUUACCUGUAUAAAAGUGACCUGGGAGCCAGAAAUCUUUCUGAUUGAGAGGGGGUCAAAUACUUAUUUCCCUCAUUAAAAUGCAAAUAAAUUCAUAACAUUUUUGACAUGCAUUUUUCUGAAUUUUUUUGUUGUUAUUCUGUCUCUCACAGUUAUAAUAAACCUACCAUUAAAAUUAUAGACUGAUCAUUUCUUUGUCAAUGGGCAAACGUACAAAAUCAGCAGGGGAUCAAAUACUUUUUUCUCUCACUGUAUAUAUAUGUGUGUGUAUGUAUGUGUAUGUAUGUGUAUGUAUAUAUAUAUAUAUAUAUAUAUAUAUAUAUAUAUAUAUAUAUAUAUAUAUAUAUAUAUAUAUAUAUAUAUAUAUAUAAACAUGGGGGAUUGGAAGUGAUGCAGACAAUUAUAUUGAUGGAAGUUACAAUCUAUCUGCAAUAUUAAGCUGAUCUACUAUAUAAAAAAUAAAAAAAGAACUUAUAGCCUUUGUCUGUUGCACAAUACGCAAACACCUGUGCUCCGCUGUCCUCUCCUUAAAAAAUGCUGCUUAGCUCUUGGAGUCCCAUUCAGGAAAAGCUAGACUAGACUAGCUUGCUGGACAUAAUUUUUUAUUAGCAUUUCUUAUACCAAUAGGCUAUUCGAAGAGGGAAGCAAGCUCUUUUUUGCUAAAUGUUAAAUACAGCAGCCAAUAGAACUCAUGGGUAGUUUGAAAGAAGAGCGAACGCGCGAUGGCGGUAGGCUAUAGCAGUUAUUUAUUCAGACCCAUAACCAUUCAAUCUUCGUGAAGCGAAGUGAAAGCCUUCUGCAUCUAUUUAUAGUCCUAUAUUAUUCAAGGAUGUCAUUAGAAUUUCAUUUAACUGUUGAAAGCGAGGAAGGAAUGAAGCAACAAUAGAGAAAUAUUAUGAAAGGUAGGCUAUACAGUGGGGAAAAAAAGUAUUUAGUCAGCCACCAAUUGUGCAAGUUCUCCCACUUAAAAAGAUGAGAGAGGCCUGUAAUUUUCAUCAUAGGUACACGUCAACUAGGUCAGACAAAUUGAGGAAAAAAAAUCCAGAAAAUCACAUUGUAGGAUUUUUUAUGAAUUUAUUUGCAAAUUAUGGUGGAAAAUAAGUAUUUGGUCACCUACAAACAAGCAAGAUUUCUGGCUCUCACAGACCUGUAACUUCUUCUUUAAUAGGCUCCUCUGUCCUCCACUCGUUACCUGUAUUAAUGGCACCUGUUUGAACUUGUUAUCAGUAUAAAAGACACCUGUCCACAACCUCAAACAGUCACACUCCAAACUCCACUAUGGCCAAGACCAAAGAGCUGUCAAAGGACACCAGAAACAAAAUUGUAGACCUGCACCAGGCUGGGAAGACUGAAUCUGCAAUAGGUAAGCAGCUUGGUUUGAAGAAAUCAACUGUGGGAGCAAUUAUUAGGAAAUGGAAGGCAUACAAGACCACUGAUAAUCUCCCUCGAUCUGGGGCUCCACGCAAGAUCUCACCCCGUGGGGUCAAAAUGAUCACAAGACCGGUGAGCAAAAAUCCCAGAACCACACGGGGGGACCUAGUGAAUGACCUGCAGAGAGCUGGGACCAAAGUAACAAAGCCUACCAUCAGUAACACACUACGCCGCCAGGUACUUAAAUCCUGCAGUGCCAGACGUGUCCCCCUGCUUAAGCCAGUACAUGUCCAGGCCCGUGCUAGAGUGCAUUUGGAUGAUCCAGAAAAGGAUUGGGAGAAUGUCAUAUGGUCAGAUGAAACCAAAAUAGAACUUUUUGGUAAAAACUCAACUCGUCGUGUUUGGAGGACAAAGAAUGCUGAGUUGCAUCCAAAGAACACCAUACCUACUGUGAAGCAUGGGGGUGGAAACAUGAUGCUUUGGGGCUGUUUUUCUGCAAAGGGACCAGGACGACUGAUCCGUGUAAAGGAAAGAAUGAAUGGGGCCAUGUAUCGUGAGAUUUUGAGUGAAAACCUCCUUCCAUCAGCAAGGGCAUUGAAGAUGAAACGUGGCUGGGUCUUUCAGUAUGACAAUGAUCCCAAACACACCGCCCGGGCAACGAAGGAGUGGCUUCGUAAGAAGCAUUUCAAGGUCCUGGAAUGGCCUAGCCAGUCUCCAGAUCUCAACCCCAUAGAAAAUCUUUGGAGGGAGUUGAAAGUCUGUGUUGCCCAGCGACAGCCCCAAAACAUCACUGCUCUAGAGGAGAUCUGCAUGGAGGAAUGGGCCAAAAUACCAGCAACAGUGUGUGAAAACCUUGUGAAGACUUACAGAAAACAUUUGACCUGUGUCAUUGCCAACAAAGGGUAUAUAACAAAUUAUUGAGAAACUUUUGUUAUUGACCAAAUACUUAUUUUCCACCAUAUUUUGCAAAUAAAUUCAUUAAAAAUCCUACAAUAUGAUUUUCUGGAUUUUUUUCCUCAUUUUGUCUGUCAUAGUUGACGUGUACCUAUGAUGAAAAUUACAGGCCUCUCUCAUCUUUUUAAGUGGGAGAACUUGCACAAUUGGUGGCUGACUAAAUACUUUUUUUCCCCACUGUAUAUGCGUCAGCCUACUAAUUCUACAAAUAGGCCCUAUUACAUUUCAAAAUUAAAAUCAAAUUUGCUAGCCUAUAUUUGUAACUUUGUAGGCCGCAUGUGCUGCAUCAGAAUUGCAUGUCUCUUCUGCUUUAUCAUGGUUUGAACGAUGUGCGUAAUUCCAGUCCAUAUAAUACAGUAUAAUGCAAUACAGUAAUACAGUUCACACUCAAAAAACAUUAGCCUACUGGAGCUAGUCUCAUUUAUUUACCCAAGAGACCAUAUAGCUAACUACAUCUAUGGGCUUUUAUGUUUUUCUGUUGUGCGUAAUGUGCAGUAGCCUAUACAGUGCAUUCUGAAAGUAUUCAGACCCCUUCCCUUUUUCCACAUUUUGUUACAAUCUACACACAAUACCCCAUAAUGACGAAGCAAAAACAUGUUUUUAGGAAAUUUUUGCAAAUGUAUUAAACCUUAAAAAAACAGAUGCCUUAUAUACAUAGGAGUGCUGAUCAGUUUUGUAUUUUAGAUCAUAGUGUAUGAGAUUAUAUUGGACACGGAGGACCUGAUCCUAGAUCAGCACUACUACUCUGAAACGCUUGGUGAAUAUGAGUCCUGGUUUCUAGAGGGGCCGUGUGUCUCUGUUUCUGGAAUGUGCUGCCUGUGCUUGUUUUAAUGCUAAUGCAUGUGAAGUUAUUCACACCUACUCUUCUCUUAACAUCACACUAUUGACUGUUACUCAUAUCUCUUAUACCCCGGGUUACUAUUUUCUAACGUCAGCAAAACAAUAGCCCUAGUAGCUGUAGGCCUGAGAAAGAGAGAUCACUCACUUUAGCCAAAAGACAAUGUACUGUGAAAGUUAGUAUUUUCACUUUAAUGGACUGUGGUUGGCAUGACCCCAAGAUAUAUAGUAGAAGAAAUAACAAGAACGGGAUAAAUGUUGACGUUUCAGCUAAAGGCCUUUCUCAGCCUCAAGUCUCUCUCAUGAUCCCAACAUAGGAAUAGUGUUUGAUAUGAAACUAAAACUGGCAUGUUCCUGUUCCGUCUGUCUCUCUGCUCCUCCCCAGACUACGACAGUGAGGAGAUCCUGACCUAUGAGGAGAUGGCGCUCUACCACCAGCCAGCCAAUCGAAAGCGGCCCAUCGCCCUGAUUGGUCCUCCUAACUGUGGGCAGAACGACUUGAGACAGAGACUGCUGUCCAGCCAGCCAGACAGAUUUGGGGGAGCUGUCCCACGUAAGUGUCAAAUUGAUAAACGUUUAUUUGUCACAUGCACAAACAGUACAAUGAAAUGCUUACUUAAAGGUAGACUCAGCAAAAUGACGUUGCCACGAGCAGCAACGCAGAUAUUGAGAUGAGUGAGAUGCAAGACUUCGCUCUCACACAGUCACACACAGUAUCUGCUCAUGUGCAAGGGUUGGCUUCACGCUGUUAGUGUGGUAGGUAGGGGACCAAAUCAGUGGAGAAGUUGACCCUUGCGCUUUAACACAAGUUGUUGUGGAAAUUGACCCACAAUGCCGUUUACUUUCUGCAUCUACGUCAUAUAUGCUGAGUCUAACUUAAAGUGGGUGGGUAGGUGGGUGGGUGUGCAUUUUCUAGAGUGAACUUUCCGGGGCCUCCCGAGUGGCGCAGCGGUCUAAGGCACUGCAUCGCACUGCUUGAGGCGUCACUACAGCCCCGAGUUCGAUCCCAGGCUGUGUUACAGCUGGCCGUGAUCGGGAGACCCAUGAGGCGGCACACAAUUGGUCCAGCAUCGUCUGGGUUAGGGGAGGGUUUGGCCGGCCGGGAUUUCCUUGUCCCAUCACGCUCUAACGAUUCCUUGUGGCAGGCCGGGCGCCUGCAAGCUGACUUCGGUCGCCAGAUGGACGGUGUUUCCUCCGACACAUUGGUGCGGCUGGCUUCCGGGUUAAGCGAGCAGUGUGUCAAGAAGCAGUGCGGCUUGGCAAGGUUGUGUUUCGGAGGACGCAUAGCUCGCGACCUUCGCCUUUUCCGAGUCCGUGGGGGAGUUGCAGAGAUGGGACAAGACUGUAACUACCAAUUGGAUAUCACGAAAUUGGCGAGAAAAAGGGGGUUAAAAGUACCAAAUAAAGGAAGAAAAAAAAAGUGAACUUUCCCCUUGAACUGCACACCUCAGUGCUCCGGAAGAUUUUCCUCAAACUCUCUUGAACUUAUCACUGUGUUAUCAGGCUGAUCUAAGUAGGUACUAGGCCAUUGUCUCACGUCAGGUACUGCGACGGCUGAGGGACGAGCAUCGCGUAGGAGUAACGCCAUCUGACGUCAGACAGUGGGUACUAGGUAGUGAAGAUUGACCAGAUGGUAUGCCCCUAAAACAUGUACAAUGAGAAUGUAUUUGUACUGUAGGGAGUUAGUAUUCCUCAAGACAUUUAGAGGGUAUAGAAUUUGGUUGAUGAGAAUGUUGUCAUUGUUAUGUCAUAUGUGUUCAUUCCAGACAUGAUUUUCAGUCAUUGUCUGUUGUUUCCCUUCCCCUGUCCUGUUAUUUUUUACAUCUAUUUUUUAGAAGCAAUAGAAAUGUUGAUCACUUUUCUUUUUUUUUUAUUCCAGACACGACGCGGAACAGGCGUGAUGUGGAGGUGAGUGGGAGAGACUACCACUUUGUCUCCCGCCAGGCCUUUGACAUGGACGCCACCGCGGGGAAGUUCAUCGAGUCAGGAGAGUUUGAGAAGAACCUGUACGGAACCAGCACCGACUCUGUCCGCCAACUCAUCAACACGGGCAAGAUCUGCCUGCUCUGUCUGCACACACAGGUGAGCGGGAGAGGCUGAGGGAAGGAGGGGGGGAGGAAAAAAUAUAGAGAGUUGAGAGGGAGUUCGGAGAGGGAGAGGAGGCCAUACAGAGAGGGAGAGGAGGCCAUACAGAGAGGGAGAGGAGGCCAGACGGAGAGGCCAGACAGAGAGGGAGAGGCCAUACAGAGAGGGAGAGGAGGCCAGACGGAGAGGGAGAGGAGGCCAUACAGAGAGGGAGAGGAGGCCAGACGGAGAGGCCAGACAGAGAGGGAAAAGAAGAGGGAGGAUAAAAGAGCAUAAAUUGUGUUGCUGCCGUGUCUGACUGGGAGUUCUCUCCCUCCUCUCUCUCCAGUCAUUGAAGACUCUGCGUAGCUCGGAUCUGAAGCCUUACAUUAUCUUCAUCGCUCCUCCCUCCCAAGAACGGUUGCGAGCGCUCCUGACCAAAGAGAGCAAGAACCCAAAGGUACUGAAUCGUUCUAACACUACAUCAUCGUCUGUUUUCUCAGUCGUUUUGAAGCCCCGAAGGGUCCUUUUUGUCAGUAAGGUUUACUAAGCCUUGGUUAAGCUCAUGCUCCUGACAUCAUCAAUCAAUCCAAUGUAUUUUAUAAAGCCUGUUUUACAUCAGCAGUUGUCACAAAGUGCUUUGCAGAUACCCAGCAUAAAACCCCAAAGAGCAAGCAAUGCAGAGGCAGAAGCACAGUGGCUAGGAAAAACAUCAAGCUAACCUGGUGAAACAUGCUCUGUGUUCCUUCUCUUAUCCCCAACCCUUUCUCUACAUCAGCUGGAGGAGCUGCGUGACAUCAUCGAGAAGGCCCGUGAGAUGGAGCAGAACUUUGGCCACCUGUUUGAUGCAGCCAUCGUGAACACAGACCAGGACAAGGCCUAUCAGGAGCUGCUGAGGCUGAUCAACAAACUGGACACUGAGCCA